CGGCAGCAUCACAGAGUCGCCACUCUACGACCAUCGCCAACUCGCAUCCCACGACCCGCGAGCCUCUGGCCGCCCGCCGCCGACACAAUGGUUCAGAUUCCCGUGCAGACCCUCCACCGGGACCCCCAGUUGUACUACUGGAUCCUUAUUCCCAUCACCGUCGUCAUGGUCCUGACGGGUGUCCUGCGCCACUACGCCUCCGUCCUCAUGGCCACGGCCCCCAAAAAGCAGGACAUCAAGUCUAUGCGCGAGCAGCGCUUCCACGGCCGCGGCGUGGCCCUCCGCAGCAACCAUCACGUCCUCUCCCAGAAGGCCUUCGAGGCCCGCCGCGAGACCCUCUCCGCCGGCUACGAGUCGGGCGCCUACCUCAAGGAGCCUGAGAAGAAGGGCCAGCCCCCCGCAAACCCGCUGUCCGACCCCAGCGCCAUGGACGGCAUGAUGGGCAUGAUGAAGAACAACAUGGCCAUGAUGAUCCCCAACACCCUCAUUAUGAGCUGGAUCAAUGCCUUCUUCAGCGGCUACGUUAUCAUGAAACUGCCCUUCCCUAUUACCAUCAAGUUCAAGAGCAUGCUGCAGGCGGGCGUGCAGACCAAGGACAUGGACCCUCGGUGGAUGUCCAGUAUCAGCUGGUACUUCCUGUGCAUCUUCGGUCUCCAGUUUGUCUACGUCUUCCUCCUCGGUAGCGAUAACGCCGCUAGCCAAGUUGCCCAGCAGAUGCAGGCGCAGCAGAUGCCCAACCCCAUGGGCGGCCCUGGCCAGGACCCCGACAAGCAGUUCAAGGCUGAGGCCGAGAACCUGGCUGUCGUGGAGCACUACUCGGUGCUGGAUGACGUCGAGGAGCGUUUGUUGGCGGGUAUCAAAUCGUAAAUCAAUACAACGAGCAAAAUAUACACCAGCAGAUCUAGUCGCGGAAGCGCUCGUCCCUUGUCGUGUCUCUGUCUUCCAUCUGCCCCCUUAUCGUAUCUGUUUCUCGCCGGUCUACUAUGCUCCAUCCCACCACAGGCACACGCCCAAUCCUUCAGCAGCCAUGCUGGCCUUUAUCCGGUAGGGCGUCUUGGGGGGC